UUAUGUAAGAGUGAAAAGUAUAAAUUUUUAUAUCUUAUAUAUGAUUUAAGAAAAUUAUAUGAAGAAUUAAUAGAUGAUAUUGAUGAUAUUGAAGAAGAGGAAGAAGAAUUGUGGGAAACGUGCGUUUUUGGUGUUGGUAAGAUACAAGUACAAGCAUCUGGAACUUAUAAUGAUUUAUUUAAUAAUUUAUUAAGUGAUGAAGAUGUUUCAAAAGAAGAAUUUAUUGAUUUUAUAAAAGAAUGUAGAAAUAGAUUAUCACUUAUAAGAAGUCAAUUAAAAGAUAAAUGUGAAAAAAAAAUUAUUGAUGGUUUGUCUAAUUAG